AUGGCCGCGCCGGAGCAGAUCCCGUUGUCACGGGGUUGCCAGGGUUCCUCGACGCCGCCUCUGCCGCGGGCCAACCGGACCCUCUUGGUGCGGCACUUGCCGGCGGAGCUGACCGCCGAGGAGAAGGAGCAUCUCCUGAAGCAUUUCGGUGCCCAGGCUGUGCGGGUCCUGUCUGACAAGGGCCGCUUGAAACACACUGCUUUUGCAACUUUCCCUAAUGAAAAAGCUGCCAUAAAGGCUUUAUCAAGACUUCAUCAGCUAAAAGUUUUAGGUCACACUUUAGUUGUUGAAUUUGCAAAAGAACAAGACCAAGCGUCUUCCUUCUGUCAGACUUCAUAUUCAGAGAAAAAGAAAAGGUCUGAUGAGCCUGUGGAAGAAGAUAAAGAAAAAAAAGAGACAAGUUGUUUGACAAUAGAAAAUGGAAUUGCACCAAAUCAUGGGUUAACUUUUCCUCUAAAUUCAUGCCUCAAAUAUCUGUAUCCGCCACCUUCAAGUACAAUACUAGCCAACAUAGCAAGUGCCUUGGCAAGUGUGCCUAAAUUCUAUGUACAGGUGCUUCAUCUUAUGAAUAAAAUGAAUUUACCCACACCUUUUGGACCAAUUACUGCCCGACCUCCUAUGUAUGAAGAAUAUAUGCCAGUGCAUGUGCCUCUUCCCCCUGUACCUCCUUUACCACCUGAGGAGCCUCCUGUACCAGAAGAAGGUGAAGGAUCUAAUGGAGAAGAAUCAGAAUAUGAAAGUGGUGAUGAUGAAGCCCGUGAGAGGAUGACAAAACUGAUGGAAUUAGCUAAUUUUCAACCUAAAAGACCAAGAACUGCAAAGCAACGGCGUGUAAGGAAAAGGCAAAAGAUAAAGGACAUGUUGAAUAUGCCUGCAUCUACUUCCCAUAGUAAUUUACACCCUGCACUAUUACCUUCAGAUGUGUUUGAACAGCCACAACCUGUAGAGCAUAAAAAAAUAGAAUUCAACAUAUCUUCUGGGAUACCUUCUGCAUUUGUAAAAGAUUUAGAGGGAAGACAAAAUAAUGAUUUGUCUGCUCCUGGAGAUACAACUAAUGAAGGAUUUGGAAAGAUCUUUCCAACUCCCAUUCUGAAUGACAAAGAGGAGAUUCAAGAAGACUCAGAUGACAUACCAGCAGAAUUUGUCUCUAGAAAAGAGUUGGAAAAAGGCAGAAUUUCUAAAGAAGAAAUGGAAACACUUUCAGUUUUCAAAAGUUAUGAACCCGGGGAUCCAAAUUGUAGGAUUUAUGUAAAGAACUUAGCAAAGCAAGUUGAAGAAAAUGAUCUUAAGUUUAUUUUUGGAAGAUAUGUUGACUUUUCAUCACAAACAGAACGAAUCAUGUUUGACAUACGCUUGAUGAAAGAAGGUCGCAUGAAAGGCCAAGCUUUUAUUGGCUUUCCAGAUGAAAAGGCUGCAGCUAAAGCUUUAAAAGAAGCUAAUGGAUAUGUGCUUUUUGGAAAACCCAUGGUUGUCCAAUUUGCUCGAUCUGCUAGACCAAAACAAGAUCCUAAAGAUGGAAAAAGGAAAAGAUAGAUAAUUGCUGAAGAAUUGAAGCAUUCCUGCGUAAAUACUGCAGUAAUACUGUCAUGCAAAGUGUAUCCUUUCUUGUUGUAUCCUUUUUUGGGGCAGUACUUUUUUGUAGAAAUCUUUUCUUUCUUUUUAUUUUUUUUCCCAUAAUGUAGAUUGGAGAUUAACUUUGCAUUCUAGAAAUAAUAUGUUUAAUGUAGGUUGAAGAAAAUUUGAUAUUCUUUCCAGAUACUAAUGUUUAAAUUUGUCUAUAAUUUAGAUUUGUCUAUAAUGUGCUUCAUUUUAAGAAAAGUCAUUCCAGGGAAAGUUAGUGAAUCAGGUCAUCAAAUUUACUACAGGAUAAUAGUUGCUUUUUAACUCAGAAUUUGAUCUUAGUUAUUAUAUUUGUCUUCCUGAAAUUUAAUUUUUGCAAUUUAUGGACUUGGUUUUAAAACACUUGGUUUGGCUCUUUUUAUAUUUUUAUGUAGUGUAGUAUAGGAAAUAUAUCAGUACUGCUUGAAAGGGAAAAUUAAAAUUUUAGAUUGUAAAAUAUAUUAUAGAAGACUCAACAAAGUUUAUUUCUAAAGAUUGUCUAUUUCUUGGCUUUUUAAAUGAUGGAAAUACCAAAUGACAGUCUUGCUGUUUAACAGCACCUUACACCCAGGAUAUUAAUAUUUUUUUAAUUCCUUAUUGAAGGAAGUAGCAAAUAGAUCAUCCCUUAAUAGGGCAGUAGACAAUUGGAAACAUCUUUUAUGAUGGAUACAUAUUCGAAAAAGAAUAUAAUUAAUCUCUUUAUGUCGAUUAAUGAUGGUAGCACAGUAUGUCUGCUAAAGCAUAAUAUGUUAACAGCCUAUUGGCUUCCAAAGCCCUUCACCUUACCAUCUCAACAUAUUAAAAGUUGUUUAUGUAGAAGGUGUGUAUAAUCUUCCUUGCACCUAUAGUCUGGCGCAAAGUAUACAUUUUAUUAAAAUGCAUAUUGAUUUGAUUGGCACAGUGUAUUAUUGUACACAGUGCUUAAUAAAUGUUUACUGAGUAAAAACCAACUUUUACCCAUCCUCCACCUUUUGAAAACAUUCUUAGAGCUCCACAUUUUUAACUAAUAAACUUAGUAAAUUCUAGAAACAGUAUAGUUUUUAAUUAAUUAGUUGUCAUUAACAUUUGUGUAUAGAUAGGAAAAAAAGACCAAUAAAGUAAAGUGUGAAUUCAUGAUAAUUAUUUAUAUUGCUUCUUGGGACCUUAAAAUAUAUUUAAUUUUGGUUCUUUGAUUCACAAUUUUAGUUCACAUAAGCUGUGAUUACCUAUACAAAUUAAAUUAUAUUGUCAAACUGACGUGAUUCACUAAUUUUCUAAAUACUGAAAUUGUAGUUUUCUAAUACAUUUAUAUUAUAUAAAAUAUGUUUCUAUUAAAAUAAUUUUCAUUUUUGAUGGGCUUUUAUGGUGUUUUAGGUUCCUUUUGAAUUCCAUAUCUUUCAAGCAUUCUCCAGCUUUGAGAAGAAGAAACUUGACCAUCUGGACUCUUGAAUUGUGCGUAGUAGCUUUUAGAAUAUAUUUAAAAACUAAAUGAAAUGCAUUUAAAUCUUAUUGGAAGAUAUACAGCAAAUGUGUUUUAGUCAACUCUCAGUACUCCAAUAAAUUAUUUUCUUUCCAUUAA